CACAAAGUGUGGGAAAGUGGCCAGGGGAGACCCCAGGGGACCAGGAAUGUCUGGAAUGUUACAGAUUCUAUCCAUCAUCCCACAACACUCUCUCCCUCGUGCCGUACGCGCGCUCUUAUCGCUUCUCCUCCUCCUCCUCCUCCUCCUCCUCCUGGUCGUCGCCCGCGGGGAUGCAAACCCAGUGUACAGUACGAGCGUCCGACCCUACUUCGCCUUGCCGAGCUUUGUCAAAGCAGUCCCGGUGCCUCCUCCCGAGGGUCGGAAGGGUCGAGCGUUCGGCGCACAAGCUUGUGAGUCCAGAGCCUCCGUGCCCCACGUCCAACUUUCCCUGCGUGGCCCCGUCUCGGCCAUCUCAUCGAUCAUCCAGCGACCGAGGCGUUGUGAAGCUCUCCCCUCCUUGGUUUUUGGUCCUUGGUCCAUGGUUCAGGCCGGGGUCGGCAUGAAACGCCAGAUGGAUGAGCGCACAUCAUCAAAUGAAAACCAUCACGCGCCUCACGCGCCGCGGGCUGCGCUCAAAUCAACCACCGUGACGGCCAUUUCAUCCGACCUCUCUCCUCUGGUCGCUUCAACUUGCAACUUGCAAACUUUGGACGCACCAGCGCCGCAGCGCGAGAGCUUGAUCCUAUCUCUCUUUUCUGGGCCUCGCCCCCUGCGCCCUAGAAUAACCUGUGCGGGGGAUCUGCGCCCGGCCCCAGAUUCCUAGCGCUCGCAGCACGCAGUACGCAGUACUUGACCCAACAAUCGUCGCAUGACAUGUGCGACUUGCCAUCUUGCCAUCUUGCC